UUUCUGUUCUCUAAAGUUUGUUUGAGCCGCGAGGAGCAGCCGACCCUGCAGUGCCUGCAGCGUCGUGUAGUUGUAUGGAGUUGGGCGAGUGGCCUUUGCUCGAAACCGGCUGCCACUUUGUACCCGAACAGCAGCGCAAUCCCCUGUGCAGUUUGUGUCCGCAGGCGCUGGACGAGCGCAACGCGGCCAAUGUCAUCGCACUUCUGAGGCGAGUGGUCUUCUACCUACACGCCCUGCUCAGCACCGUGCUCGAAAACGUCGCUACCAUGAACGAUUUCGCCAAGUUGGGCAACGCGCGACCGCCGCUGCAACCAAAGUCGACGCCAAUUACGCAGGAUUACUCCAUCUCGGACCGUGUGCUUGGACUCGGCAUUAAUGGCAAAGUUGUCGAGUGCUGCGACAAGGCCAAAGGUACCAAGUUCGCCCUCAAAGUUCUUAGGGACAAUGUGAAGGCACGCCGAGAAGUGGACCUGCACUGGCGAGCCAGCAACUGCAAGCAUAUUGUGAACCUCGUGGAUGUCUACGAAAAUGUUUAUGGUGGCAACCGGUGUCUUCUAGUUGUCAUGGAGUGCAUGGAAGGAGGAGAGUUGUUCCAAAGGAUUCAAGAACGAGCUGAGGGUGCCUUCACGGAACGAGAGGCCGCGGAGAUCAUUCGAGACAUCUGCAAAGCUGUCGCCCAUCUUCAUCGCAUGGACAUUGCUCACAGGGACUUGAAGCCGGAGAACCUGCUCUACUCCAAGCCUGAUGACAGUGCAGUCCUUAAACUAACAGACUUUGGCUUUGCCAAGGAAACUACGCAUUUCAACACUUUACAAACACCGUGCUACACACCAUAUUAUGUCGCUCCCGAGGUUUUAGGUCCUGAACGGUAUGACAAGUCCUGUGACAUGUGGUCCCUAGGAGUCAUCAUGUACAUACUGCUGUGUGGGUUCCCACCAUUCUACAGCAACCACGGCCUGGCCAUUUCUCCUGGCAUGAAGAAGCGCAUCCGGGCUGGCCAGUACGACUUUCCCAACCCGGAGUGGAAGAACGUGUCACAGGACGCAAAGGACCUGAUCAAGGGCUUGCUGCGAACCGAUCCCACCCAGCGGCUCAGUAUUGAAGAAGUUCUGGCCAACAAGUGGAUUGCGAAGUACACGGAGGUACCCCAGACGCCCUUGUACUCGGUGCGAGUGCUUCGGGAGGAAGGAGACCAGUGGCCUGAAGUGCAAGAGGAAAUGACACAAGCCCUGGCCACCAUGCGGGUUGACUACGACACGGUGCAGCUCAAGCAGCUGGCUGACACCAACAACCGGCUGCUCAGCAAGCGGCGACAGCAGCAAAACUGAGGCUGCUCUCACCAGGCACAUGAUGUGCGGUUUUACUGUCGCAAAUCUGCUUAUCAUGUUUGGUUACCAAAGUUUUUAGGGUUUAAGUAAUUUUCGGUCUUAUAAGACCAGGAAACCAAGUGCCUGACUGUUGGGGUGUGUUGUAUUUUAUGCAGAUAAAUUUCCUCUUUUACACAGCCCAGAAA